AUGGCCGAGAUUGAGAGGACGUUGGACCGAACCGGUAAUGGAAGCAUAACCGACGGCAAUCGCGCUGGUCCUCGCGCCAGGCGCACUCCAUCCUCAUCGUCAAAUGGCGCGUCGAGGAGGGGAGGCGGACAGCGCAACAGCAACGGCAACGUCAGCGGUCCUGCAGGACGCGGCCGCCAGUUUAGAGGGGGCGGUGGCGCUCGAGGAGGAGGCGGAUCGAGGAAGGCCGAAGCGCGUGGGGCAGGAGGGGCCGACUUCUUCUACGAAGGUGACUUUUCGCCCUCGUCGGGGUCAGAGUCAGAGUAUCUCUACGAUGGCCACUCUGCACCGCCUCCCUCGUCUGCCCCGAGAGGUGGGGGCGGAUCUGCGCAGCACCGCUUCAACGUCAACGCGCCUUCGUUCAGGCCCUCCCCAGGGUCAACUGUUCCUGCAGCUCCAGCUGUCAGCCUCUCUGCAUCGGCGCCUGCACUCUCUGCCUUCCCUCUGCCGCACGAGGUGCCGGCCGAACCGCGGCGUCGCGACAAGAAGGAGAAGCGGAAGAUGUCGCGGUCGGAUCAGUUCAGAGUGCCCGCCAACUAUUUGCUCAACUUUACCUACGAGCGGCCUGUCCACGAUUGGUCGGCGCCUGCCAGACGGCGCACGCCCGUGGUCGAGUUCAAGAAGGAGCGCUUUUUGCAGGCUAACUAUCGCUUCGUUGUGAAUGCGGGUGGUGACUACGUGCGUCAUCUCUACGAGACCGACCAGUUGGUGGAUUGGGACGAAAUUGAGCAGAUCGUGCUUCAAACUCCCGUGCCCUACAAUUGCCCCAUCUGCCUGGACGCUCCAAUGGCCCCGAAAAUGACCAAGUGUGGCCACAUCUACUGUUGGAGCUGCAUCAACCGCUACCUCGGCAUGGCACAGAAGGGCUGGCGAAAGUGCCCCAUUUGCUUCGAUUCGGUGUCGACGAAGCGCCUCAAGAGCACAUCUAUCGAACUGGUGCCGGAGUAUCACGAAGGCGAUUCCAUCAAGUUCACCCUGAUGAGGCGACACAAGGACUGCACGGUGGCGCUGCCUUCGGCACACUGGAGGCCGAUGGAAGCGCUGCUGCAUCACGACGACCGAGAUUCGAACUUUAGUCGUCUCGUGCUUGUCGAAGACAUCACGCCCAUCCUUGACAAGGAACAGCAGGACCUCAACGAGGUCCUUGCCCAGUCGCGCGCUUUGCAGGACUACGAACCGGAGAGGCGCGAGACGUUCAACUCCAAGAAGCUGGAGGCCAAGCGUUCCGCCAAGGAACUUAAGGCAUCGCAGGAAAGGAGCAAGCCCGUCGGUGCUCCGGAAAGUGAAGACGAGCCCGAAGAAAAGGAAAAGAGUAAGAGCCGAGGGAGCCGACCAACGAGCGGGUCCGAAGCCGAGCACGACGAGGAAGAGGCUGACAUUGAAGAAGAGAGCGGGCACGGGGCCGAGAAAUGCGAAGUCGACGUUGAAGGCGGGUCGGCAGUCACUUCGUCGCCGGAUAUUUAUUACUUCUACCAGGCCAGCGAUGGGCAGAACAUCUUCAUGCACCCGCUCAACUUCCGGUGUCUUCACAAGGAAGCGGGCGGCAGCUUCGACAAGCUGCCGCCAACCGUCGAGGCCAAGGUUCUGCAGCUCGAGGAGAUCACACAAAACGAAAAGAUGAGGAAGAGGAGGAAGAUGAUCGUGGGCCAUCUGCCUCUUUCGACGCAGUUCCAGUUCUGCGAGAUCGAGCUGGGCCAGUUGGUGUCCAACAAGACGGUGGCCUCGUUCGCCGACGAGUUCAAGUUCCGCGAGACUAAGCGCGCGCAGCUGAAGCGAGAGCGUGGCAACAGUUCGAGCGACCAGGCGAAGCCGACGCCAGCAGUCCCACAGCCGGUGCCGGUUGCCGACGACCCACUUCUGGCGGCCGCUAUCGAGGAAAGCAAGCGAAUGGCCGAGGCACAAGCCGCACAGGCUGGCGCGGGGACUCCGGCGGUGAGCAUCCCGACUACCCCGUCAUCCGCCGCAUUGGACUCCUCGCCCUCAGAAUCACCCUCCAGCGGUUUGCAAGGAGCGUGGGCCAAGAAACAGCUCACCACCGCAACGGCGGGAAUGUCCUCAUCCAGCAGUCGGCCGGCACCAGCGCCCAAGCCAGCGAAGUCCGGCACACCGACGUUCUCCCAGGUAGCCAGCAAUGCCGUGUGGUCGGGCUGGAAGGACGAGGCCUUCCCCACGUUCGAGGCCGCGGCCAGCAGCCAGGGCAAGGGCAAGAAGGGCGCCAACGGAGCCAGCGGCGCCAAGUCCAAGGACAAGAAGAAGGUCCUCCUCUUCUCCAAUGCCAACAGCCGGCGGUUGUGA